AUGAAGCAGAUGGUCUACUUCUGUAUAGACGACCAAACAAGAUACAGGAGGGGUAUUGUAUUACUUGCUGUGGUACCGGACACAACACAUCACGUGACUACAAAAGCAACCACUACUCACCGACCCACGCCAGAACCAUGGGAAUUUGUCAACAAUUUUUAUUUAUAUGACAGAGAUUCUCAUUAUUUCUGUGUCUCUCACCACUCAUCCCAUCAGCAUAUCCACUACUGUAUCUGUUACCAUAUACCAUACGAGGACAGAGGCAUCCUGCAGGACCCAAAAACGCUCAUGGAAACUGAGAAACUCGUGUUCGAGUUAUUUGACGCUGGAUACCAUGUUCAAAUGAAUUUAACAGAACUUCAGUUCUACAGUCAACGUAACUUUCAUAUGUGUUCACACACUAAUGGAAACCCUGGAGUCAAAACAACUUACUAUUUAGUUUACCCCAAGCCCAGUCAAUACAGCUCUACAGCAUAAGAGCAUUUCGUGUU